UCUUCAGAAACCAGCUUCGCCUCGGGGAAUGUUUGCCGGGGUACUUGCUCCAUAUCGCACCUGGCGUUUGCCACACUUGGGUACAUACACGAGGCCUACAUGUUUACCGAAGAUCAGACCGUCUCCGAAGAUCCGUUACCAACAACGGAAGCAGCAGCAACCAAGCUGAAGUUAGGGACCGCAUUGGAGAUAUGUACCUCAUCGUUUUCCAGUGCUACUCUGUGUACCUGCAGAGCAUCUGCCCCCGAAUUUUCAUAUCCACAGUCACCACUGACGGCCGGCAAAGUGGCGAGUGUCCGAGCAGUCGCCACCAGUUUGCCCAUCUGUUGCAGUUGCGUGAGUGGCAGGACUUUUACCGCGUCAGGCUUAUGCCAGCAAUGCGCAGCAUGGAGGAGGACGAGAUGAGGCAAGCCGCUUCUUCCCUGAGCAGAUUUUCAGGCAUUCUGCGAGAGCUCCUUGUGCAGUCGCACAAGACAGACUCGGCGCAAGUCCGUGCGACCAAGAGCGCCCAGACGAGCGUUGCUAGCAACACACUGCCAAUUGAGGCGGAGGAAACUACACGCGUGAAGGCUGAUGGGGUGAGUAGCACGAAGUUUGGACAUUGGACCCGCCGGUGGCGCCACAGGCUGCGGGCACUAUCGGCCCCGCGUGGGCCUUGGCGCUCUGGAAGCCAUUCAGCGACGCUGCCGGUGCCAAGCACGCGGCGGUGGAUGCUGGAUAUUGCUGAGAACAGCCAUCGCAUGCGCCGUCGCCUGAUCAGGAACGCGCAUUACGAGGACCAUUAUGUGGCUGCGAAUCGGCGCGAUCGCACCAGCCAGCGAGGAGCGAACAAAAGGCAGCCUCAGUCCGACAAGGAGCUUUUUGACAGCGAUGAGGGGAUUCUGCGCUUGUCGCUGAGCAUCUCUGGAACGGGCGAUGGCAGGAGCAUCGAUGGUGAUGAGGAGUGGAGUAUAGUCACGUCUGAGGACCUUGGGGUGGUAGCUGCGGCAACUGUUGAUCCUAGCAGGGCUCAUUUCAGUGUUGCAGGCGAGAGGAUCAUCAUGCUCACUGGUGUGUGUGGUCGCAUCGAGCUUACUCACUCGCAGCUGCGAUUCACAGUCGAGCGCGACAGAAGCGGAGAAGCUUGUCUUCGAGGUUCGGACAGUUCAACCAGCAGCAGGACAGGCAUGGGCAGUAGCAGCGGCAAGCGCGCCCGUGCUCAAAAUGCUGCUGCAAACCUAGCCGAGACUUGCACCGACAACAGCAAUGCAAUGCCCCGUGUAAUCCAUGCCGAGCUCAACCGUGAUUUCACGUGGCUGCUAGCAGAUAUCCAGCAGGUGCAUCUGCGGCGGUACAUGCUACGUAGCUCGGCCGUCGAGGUCUUUUUCCGAGAUCGCACAUCGGUGUUCUUCAAUGUGCCUAACAAGAAGGGACUGAUGCAACUGAUCUGGAAGCUAUCAUCGCUGCCAGCGGUCAACAGUGGGCUGGCACUGUCGGAUGUGCGGUCGCCGCCAGCGCUGUUGAGCCGAUUGAAGUGACCGAGCGCUGGCAGCAUGGCGAGAUGAGCAACUUUGACUACAUCAUGGCGCUUAACACAGUUGCAGGACGGUCCUACAGCGACUUGUCGCAGUACCCAGUAUUCCCCUGGAUUAUCAGCAACUACACCAGCAAGUGGCUGGACCUGAGUGAUCCGAAGAUAUACCGCGACCUGUCGCGGCCCAUAGGCGCGCUAAAUGCCAAGCGGCU